GAGACAUAGGGAAGAGGCAGAGGGAGGCAGAACGUACUGGAGACUUAUAGGGGAAUCAUCACAGGGGGAGAAAUGCAAAACAAUGGCUGGUGGAUUAGGUGGGGGUGUUGGUGAAAUCCCCACUGCAGCCCCCAGACGUGCUGCUCAGAGCUCCAUAAAGCAAACACAAGCAACAGAUUAGAGUUGGGAGCAGCAGUGCAGUUUCUGAGAUGGGAACCGACGGUGCAGGAGGCUGGUGAAGAAGAACCCAAAAAUCUCAUUGCUUCCUGCCAGGGGGCUGCAUUUCUUUCUGUUUUUUUUUUUUUUGAAGGUGGACCUUUUGCAAUUUUUUUGGGAAUCUCCACUAAAGAGGCAAAGAGGAGCAGUUUGCUUGGACACCAUCCACUCCAGACAUUGCCCAUCUGUCAGCAGCAUUGAUGCAUCUGCUUGAGGGCAGCUGUCUGGCUGGGGUGGGUGCAUACAGGGGGCCACAACAAAGACAGCAGCAUCUCUGCACCCAAAAUAAUGGAAAACACCCAGUCCCCCCUGGCUUGUCUCUGAUGCCCCCCCAGAGAGAUGUUUGGUGCAGCCUGUUGUUCUGCAAUGAGCCUGUUCCUCUACCUCUCACAUGCAGCCCCCACCUCCCCCAGAAAGCUGUAAGGAGCCCUCUUCUCUGUCCUACCUUAGCUGCGAGAUUAUCAUUGGGAAGUAUCACCUGGAAAGCCUCUAAACUCGGAGCCUCCACUUGGAUUUCCAGCCCCUCAUUGUGUCCAGAUGAGCUGGAACUGAUUGUGCUUUUGUUCUAGAGCCCAGGAGACUCCACAGAACCUUCUUGCGCAACAUUCUAUCAACUCGGGCCGGAGAGAACGUUCAGACGCAUCUGUCAUGAUUAGUCGCAAGGGAACACGUGCGCUUUUCCAAAAUCGCUGUAUCUGGGAGUGAGCCGGCGCUUUGGAGCCUUCAUUGGUCGAUCAGUGGAGAUACAAGGUCUGACGGCAGUUUCGGUCUAGAAUAUAUGGGGAAAAAGAAGGAAAACUCUAUAAGGGACCCUUGGUUGGUCUUAACAUCUCCAAAGUAUUUGUCGGCCCUUGUGUCUUGAUGUCUGACCAGAUUCCUCGCAGAUCGCUGUAGGGAAAGGCACAGAUGCAUUUAGCUGAUCAUUUCCCAUUCAGACAAACCGACCCCUCUUCUCCUAGCGACACCCCAGUGCGCCCCAUUAGCACCACCUUGGUCGGUUCCUUUUCUGUUCUUCCACUUUGACUCGUGGAUUUGGGCGUCGGAGAAGAUCAGGAAUCCUUGGCAGGGUCGGAAGAAGCUGGGGGCACAGUCAGAAGGUGCUGGUGUUGAUGGCCCUUUGCUCUGGGACGACUUGGUUUGGGCAAAUCCUGCGCAGGGUCAUCAGACUGCACGGCAACUGGUCCAGGAGGUCUAGUAGCCUCUUGUGUCUUUCCCAGGAAAACGAGCAGGGAGUGGGGAGAGGUGACCAACAAGCCUACAUCCAUCACCACCACCAUCACAACCACCCCCUCCACUCCCACUCACCAGGUGCCCAACCCAACCAUUGCUGCUUCCAACUUCCCAGCGACUGCUGCGACCUCUCACACAGGACGGGGGGACAUGAUCCCCUCACUAGCCGGUUGCUGUCGGCCAUGAAGCGGCAGAAUGUGCGGACUCUGUCCCUCAUCAUCUGCACGUUCACUUACCUGCUGGUCGGUGCCGCUGUCUUUGACGCGCUGGAGUCGGACUACGAGAUGAGGGAAGAAGAGAAGCUCAAAGCCGAGGAGAUACGUCUCAAGGGGAAGUACAACAUCACCAGCGAGGACUAUAGGCAACUGGAGCUGGUCAUCAUGCAGUCGGAACCUCACAGGGCCGGGGUUCAAUGGAAAUUUGCGGGUUCCUUCUACUUUGCCAUAACUGUUAUUACUACUAUAGGUUAUGGACAUGCUGCUCCAGGAACUGACGCAGGAAAGGCCUUCUGCAUGUUCUACGCUGUCCUUGGAAUCCCGCUUACUCUUGUCAUGUUCCAGAGCCUGGGAGAGAGAAUGAACACCUUUGUCAAGUACCUCCUGAAACGAAUCAAGAAAUGUUGUGGGAUGCACAGUACAGACGUCUCCAUGGAGAACAUGGUCACCGUUGGCUUCUUCUCCUGCAUGGGAACUCUUUGCAUUGGAGCCGCGGCCUUUUCCCACUAUGAAGAGUGGAGUUUUUUUCAGGCCUAUUAUUACUGUUUUAUAACUUUAACUACAAUAGGUUUUGGGGACUAUGUGGCUCUGCAAAAAAACAAAGCCCUUCAAAAGAAGCCUUUAUACGUGGCUUUUAGCUUUAUGUACAUUUUAGUAGGCUUGACGGUUAUUGGGGCAUUUCUAAACUUAGUUGUUCUAAGGUUCUUAACUAUGAACAGUGAGGAUGAAAGGAGAGAUGCCGAGGAACGGGCGUCAUUGGCCGGAAAUCGUAACAGCAUGAUCAUCCACAUCCAGGAGGACACGCCGCAUGGCCGACAACGGUACAAGGCCGAAGUGACAGACCUUCAGUCCGUUUGUUCUUGCAUGUGUUACAGAUCUCAUGAGUACACCAGCAGGAUGGUGUCCCACCAAAAUUCCUUCAGCUCCAAGCUGAAUCCUCAGUACUUUCAUUCAAUAUCCUACAAGAUUGAAGAAAUCUCACCAAGCACAUUAAAAAACAGUCUCUUCCCAUCCCCCGUUAGCUCAGUUUCACCUGGGUUGCAUAGCUUUACCGACAAACACAGGUUAAUGAGAAGGCGGAAGUCAAUUUAGGGUCAUCUUUAGUCUUUUUUUUUUUGUUGUUGCUGUUGCAAGAUCGCCCCCUUCUUUCUCGCUGAUAUUUACGUCUCAUUUUUUCUGAAAUGAGACAGAGAGAGGGGAGCGAAAGAAAGAAAAACACAAAAAGUUGAAACGAGCCUGCCUUCUCCGAGACUCAUUAGUGAGCAUGAAGCAUGGAUUCUUCUAACUUCUCCAGCAAACUAUGCCUUACAUAAACCCCCUGAAAGUAUUUCAGAGGAUUUCAUUAAUAAUUGAUGCACAGUGGGUACCAAAUCCAAAGUUGCACACAAGAUGGGGGAGUUUGUGUGUCGCUUGCACUUCUGACCUUAGAACCUUUUUGAAUUACUUUAAAAAAAUAACAAAAACAAAAAAUAUACCAGGUCACGGGUAUGAGUAUGAGUGUUUGUGCAGUCCCAACUUCACUGUAACAAAUUCAAACAUCAGGUAUUAAUUCCGGUAAGCAAUUGCAUUGCAUUAAAAAAGAAACUUUUGAUUGCUCCUAGAUGACCUACAAAAUUAUUUUUUUUUAAAUUAAAAUAGAUUUUUUUUAUUCAUUUCAUACACAAAGCAUGUGCAUUAGGCAGUUUGAAUGCCGUAAAUAUCAUAGAACUUUUUUUUUUUUCUAAAAUGCUAGAGAGAUUGUUUAAAAAAAAAAAAUUAAUAAUGAAAUAUUAUGGAUCUUUCCAGUUUGCCAGUUCCAAACCAAUUAUGAAAAAAUAAACAGCAUGCACUUUUUAUUUCCGAAACUGGCAUGCGUGUUACGAAUAAUACAAAAAAGCGGAUUAAACUAUUCACACAAGAAGUUUUCCUUUUCAAUUACUUCGCUUUAAUAAAACAGCUCCAAUCCUUUGCGUUAUUGUUGGAACAAUUAAUACGGAACAAGGAAAAAUAUUUAAUUUGAAUUGUAAAUUUUUUUUUUUCAUUUUUACUUUAUUUAAAAAAAAAAAGAAAGAAAAACAAAGGAAUAUUUUUGGUGCAGCAAGUACCUGCAUGAAUAGAAUUCUAUUUUUCGGAAUGCUUGAAUUAAGAUUCUUGGGUGGUUGUAAAAAUUUCUUUUUUCAAUAAAAUAGUGACGGGAUGCA